AUGGCGAGUGUCACGCUCUACGGAUACUAUCGGUCAUCUUGCGCGGCCAGACUUCGCAUAGCCCUUGAUUUGAAGGCCAUCGAGUACAAGCCCGUCUACGUCAACCUCAACAAUGGAGAGCAUCUCAAAGACGAAUACAAUGCAAAGAAUCCCUCACGCUCCGUGCCAACUCUGAUGGUCGACGAUGGAUGGUGCAUACCGCAAUCUAUGGCGGCUCUAGAAUACCUCGAAGAAGCCUACCCAGACUCGCCUUCCCUUCUUCCUGCAGAUGCAAAGUCAAGGGCAGAUGUUCGCACCUUGGCAGAAAUCAUCGUUGCCGACACUCAACCACCAACCAACGACACACUUAUGAAGCGCGCCGAGUCUUCUGGAGCUGAUCGCCUGGCUUGGGCACAGUUAUUCACCGAGAGAGGUCUCAAAGCCUUUGAGGGUGUGGUCAGCAACACAGCUGGGAAAUAUUGUUGCGGUGACACGAUCACUCUUGCUGAUGUUUGUCUGGUACCUGCUCUGUGGAAUGCGGAGAAGUUUCAAGUGGCGAUCGAACCUUUCCCGACCAUCUGUAAGAUUUAUGGCGCGCUGAAGGAGCAUCCUUCGUUCAAGAGAUCGCAUUGGCAGAAUCAGCCAGAUUGUCCGGAAGAGUUGAGAUGA